UAGAAAAAAUAAAAAAAUCAUAGCUAAUCUGUACCCACAGAUUACUAAUAUGUACCCACAGUUUACUAAUCUGUACCCACAGAUUACUAAACUGUACCCACAGUUUAGCAAUCUGUACCCACAGAUUAAUAAUCUGUACCCACAGGUUAAUAAUCUGUACCCACAGUAUAGCAAUCUGUACCCACAGAUUACUAAUCUGUACCCACAGUUUAGCAAUGACCCGAAUAACUGUAGUCGCCAAUGUUUGGCAGGGACUCAAAACGCCGAGGGACCGACCGAGCAAGCACCUGCACCUUUUGCCCUCGGCGGACAAAGGGGUUUUAAAAGGUAACUAUUGCAAAUUUUCUUUGGUAGCCGUCUACAUUUUCAGGUGUCAUCAAUCAAUAUGGCAUGUUGUGUGUUAGUAGCCGCUAAUGUGGCUACUAAAAAUAGCUAACUGACAAAUGAACACUACUUGAAUUAAGCACGCACGGACACGACAGCAGCACAGAAAAUUUGCAAACACAACAUGCCAUAUUGAUUGAUGACACCUGAAAGACGCCUACCCAAAAAAACGUGAAAUGGUUGCUUUUUAAAACCUCUUUGUUCGCCGAGGGCAAAUGGUUCAGAUGCUUGCUCGGUCGAACCCUCAGCGUUUGGACUCGGAGUCCCCGCCAAACAUUGGUGACUACUGUUUCCGGGUCAUUGCUAAACUGUGGGUACAGAUUAGUAAACCGUGGGUACAGAUUAGUAAACUGUGGGUACAGUUUAGUAAACUGUGGGUAAAGAUUAGUAAUCUGUGGGUACAGUUUAGUAAACUGGGUACAGUUUGCUAAUCUGUGGGCAGAUUACUAAACUGUACCCACAGAUUAGUAAACUGUGGGUACAGAUUAGCUAUGAUUUUUUAUUUUUUCUAUCCUGGCACCCGGGGGGCUCCGUAGUUUGGCUCCAUGUAACCCAUCAGAUUAUGUAACUGCUCACAUAAAAUGUAUUCUCUUCAACUGCCAUUUUAGUUUCCCUAUGUUACCAUUUUUCUUCAAUAAAAAUCUACUCGACUGUUGAUUGAAUAAAGUGAUUUGCAACUCUUGUGCAAGGUAAAUUUCACUAGGGCAGCGCUAAAGAGCCGCGGGUUGCUAAAAUAAGCAGCACCUGACUGCAAUCAACUGAUUACACUUGUAAAACACCAGAUUGGUGAAAAAGGUGUGGUCUUAUUUUGUUGGAAUGAAAUCCAGUACGCACUGCAGCCCUAUGUAGAAUUGACAAAAGUGAGUACACCCCUCGUAUUUCUGCAGAUAUAUCUUUUCAUGGGACAAAACGACACUUUGACACAAUGCAAAGUAGUCUGUGUGCAUUUUAUCUAAUAGAGUUGAUUUAUUUUCCCCUCAAAAUAACUCAAAAUACAGCCAUUAAUACUGUGUAUCGAAACCACUGGCAACAAAAGUGAGUGAAAGUUGUCAGUAUUAACAUAAAGUACAACAUAUCAACUGUCAAUAUUUUGUGUGACCACCACUAAUAUACAGAACUGCCUUUACUCUCCUGAGCAUGGAGUUGACCAGAGCUUCAUAGGUUGCCACUGGAAUGCUCUUCCACUCAAUGACGACGUUGCGGAUGCCAGCAGUGCCGCUAUACUACCAGAAGAAAAUAAUCAAAUCACUGGAAAAAAAGAAGGCUACAGUGUACAAGCUUUGGCAUUUUGUGCAGAGGACCACAGAUCUGGAAUGAACUUGACGAAAUACUUAAAAUGUCUCACUGCAUCUCCAUUUUAAAGAAAAAAAAACCCUCAAAACUUGGAGUUUGACUUCUGGGGCAGGGGUGGCACAACAUGUUGAUGACCCCGAAACGUAGUGUCAGCAAUAAAAUUAACUUACAAGAAUAUUUAUGAUCGUAAAUUGACAAUGAGUGUUUUUUUCCCAUCAUUCUUGAGGGGAAUUCUAAAUCAGGCUGCUUAGGCAAUACUUUUCGCCAAGAUUGUCAUCCAUUAACGUAACAUGUUAAGAGCUAUUCAGAUAAUUAUAGCAUAAAGAACAUGCUAACAAGUUUACCAAACCAUAAGUGUUACUCCAAAGGACCAAAAUAACAUGUGAAAUGAUAUGAUAAUGUGAAUAAUUUCACACAUAAAUCGCUCCAGAGUAUAAAUCGUACCCCCAGCCAAACUAUUAAAAAAAAAACCCUGCGAUUUAUAGUCCAAAAAAUAAGGUAAUUUAAAAAAAAAAAAAAAAAAGACAGCAAAUGUGACACACAGAAUGGCUUGCUAAAAUUUGCUUAAAUAUUUUGUUCUACAUAAAGGACGUUAGCAAAGGUCGGCCCCCCACAUUUUUACCACACCAAAUCUGACCCCCUUUGCAAAACGUUUGGACACCACUGCCCUAAUCUCACCACCCAGGUCACCAGCGAGCCACCUGAGGGUGCUAUUUUUAGCCUCCGCAACUGAGCGACGUUACGGUGACAAGUCAACUUCAUGAAAAGACAAAAGCCCUCCGGGUCAGAAGAAAAAGAAGGAACAGAGCAUAAACGUGAAGAAAAACAGAGAUGCUCUUCUGAAAUAUAUUCCUUCUACCUCUGUACAUCCUGGGCCAUCUUUUACAGCGAAUUUAUCCACAUCAGCACCAAGUCCAAGCCCACCAAGUCCAGGAAAGAAGUGCACCUUCCAAAACAACUGUCAUAUGAAAGUGCAAUCGAUGCGUUUGCAUCAGUGAAGACAAGUGCCAAUUGUCAAUACGGCGGUCUUCAGGACCCAGCGGCGCUCAACUAAGGCAGCGUGUCGACCCCGCUGCAGUCAGCGACAAGCGGAGAGAGAGAACCGAGAGAGCGACCGAGCAUCUGGAGGAACUGUGACCGGCGAGGGGAGGCGGAGGACGGGGAGAGAAGAGAGAGGAAGGAAGGAAGGAGGCCCCGGGAGGACGAAACGAAAGAGGAGGAAGACAAAAACGGAGGAAAUCCCUGGACGUGGGGGGACAACGGGAGAGGAGAGAAGAGAGAGUCAUCUCAUAUUUUCUUCACUUUUUGAUUUUUAAUUGUUCUCUAAGUUCUCUGUACGCCUUAUCCUGCCUCAUUCACUAUGCCGUCCAAUGCCAUCGUGGCUGCUUUUAAAGGCUCCGACUUGACAGGAAACAGAAUGGGUGAUAACGCAAUGACAAGGACAGACACGAUGUCCGGUAUGGACGAUGACAACAUGACCAAGCCGACACGGAAACGCAAACAUCUCACGAUGGAAAGUGGCGGCAGUGGUCCCUUCCACAAGGAUAGUCUUGGGAGCCACCCAGGGUCCUUCGCGGCCCUCCACAACGGGGAUGCAGGCGGCUCCCUCAGAGGCGGACCGCCUGAUGUGGAUGCCGCAAAGCCGGAGAUGAGGGAAGCGGAGAACAGGAUCCUCAGGGAGCUUUCUUCCUCCUCCUCUUUGUCCUCCCCCUGCCGGCCAGAGGACGGUGACGCCGUCCGGGGUCCGAGCCCUAUCGAGAGGAACGAGUGCGCCACGCCGCACAAGAAGCGAGGCAGGCGGAAACUGGAGCGACCCACCAAAUAUGUCGAACAUACGGAGGAAGAUGACAGCGAAGCGAUCAAGAGUGAGGCCGAUCGCGGGAGGCUGCGAGGGGGAGUUGGCGGGGAGAUCAGCCUUCGUCAAAGGCCUGUGCCCAGAAUCACCUUCCAGGCUGGAGACCCUUAUUACAUAAGCAAACGGACACGGGAGGAGUGGCUGGCCAAGUGGAAGAUGGAGGCAGAGAAAAAGGCCAAACUGAUGUCUGCUAUGAAUGUAAUAAAGGAUCCGGACCCUGUCAAGGAAACUGAGAAAUCAGAGCACGAAAGUUUGCCACCUCAGUGUGUGCCGGCUUCUAAGCCGGUUCCGCAGCAGCAUUGUCAACCUUUGCAGCAACGCCAGCCUCCGGCGCCUCAGUGUCCGCCGCCGCAAUUGGAAGCGUCUUUGCCGCAACAUCAGCAGAAGCAGCAGCAAACGCAGCAGCCUACCGACCCGGCCUCACCUACUGUGGCCACCACUCCAGAGCCUGUUGCCAUCACAGGUGAUGAAAAGACCUCCCCGAAGGCUGCAGACACUGAACCAGAAUAUGAGGAUGAUCGCGGUUUUGUCAUUGGCGACCUGGUCUGGGGAAAGCUGCGAGGCUUCUCAUGGUGGCCGGGGCGCAUUGUGUCCUGGUGGAUGACUGGACGCAGCAGAGCCGCCGAGGGUACUAGAUGGGUCAUGUGGUUCGGAGACGGGAAAUUCUCAGUGGUUUGUGUUGAGAAACUCUUGCCCUUAAGUUCCUUCAACAAUGCCUUUCACCAACCAACCUAUAACAAGCAGCCUAUGUACAAAAAAGCAAUCUACGAGGUGCUACAGGUGGCCAGCAGCCGGGCAGGCAAAGCCUUUUCAUUGCGUCCCGACAGCGACCACACCGAAACUUCCAAAUCUGUGGAACUCCUGAACAAGGAGAUGAUCCAGUGGGCUAUGUGUGGCUUUCAACCCACUGGACCCAAAGGCCUGGAGCCACCAGAGGAGGAGCGCAACCCAUACAAGGAGGUCUACCCAGAGAUGUUUGUGGAACCGGAAGCCGCUGCUUACAUGCCGCCGCCUCCUGCUAAGAAGCCUCGAAAGAGCACCCAGGAGAAGCCCAGAGUAAAGGACAUCAUCGAUGAAGGAACGCGAGAGCGACUCAUCUACGAAGUGAGACAAAAGUGCCGAAGCAUCGAGGACAUCUGCAUCUCCUGCGGAAGUCUCAACAUCAGUCGGGAGCACCCACUCUUUGCAGGAGGAAUGUGCCAGGGCUGCAAGAACUGCUUUUUAGAGUGCGCCUAUCAGUACGACGAUGACGGCUACCAGUCGUAUUGCACCAUCUGCUGCGGCGGCCGGGAGGUGCUAAUGUGCGGGAACAACAACUGCUGCCGAUGCUUUUGCGUGGAGUGCGUGGACCUCCUAGUGGGUCAGGGCGCCGCCCACGCAGCCAUCAAGGAGGACCCAUGGAACUGCUUCAUGUGUGGCCCCAAAGGGUCGUACGGCCUUUUGGAACGCCGCCCCGAUUGGACCUGCCGCCUUCAGCAUUUCUUCGCCAACAACCACGAGCAGGAUUUCCAACCAGCAAAGCUUUACCCGCCGAUCGGCGUUGAGAAUAGGAAGCCAAUCAGAGUACUGUCGCUAUUUGACGGCAUUGCCACGGGGCUACUGGUGCUGCGCGAGCUGGGCAUCCAGGUGGAACGCUACGUGGCCUCAGAGGUGUGCGAAGACUCCAUUACGGUGGGGCUGGUCCGCCAUCAGGGUCGCAUCAUGUAUGUGGGCGACGUCAGGGGCGUUACGCGCAAACACAUCCAGGAGUGGGGUCCUUUUGAUCUGGUCAUAGGUGGAAGUCCAUGCAACGACCUUUCUAUAGUCAACCCCGCAAGGAAAGGCCUUUACGAGGGCACGGGUCGCCUGUUUUUCGAGUUCUACAGGCUGCUGCACGAGGCUCGGCCCAAGACGGGGGAAGAACGGCCUUUCUUCUGGCUAUUUGAAAACGUGGUCGCCAUGGGUGUCAGCGACAAGAGGGACAUAUCUCGCUUUUUGGAGUGCAACCCGGUUAUGAUCGAUGCCAAGGAAGUGUCAGCCGCCCACCGUGCCCGCUACUUCUGGGGUAACCUUCCUGGCAUGAACAGGUCGGUGGGUGAAUGGCCACUAACGGCCAUGUGCAAUGACAAGUUGGACCUGCAGGACUGCUUAGAACAUGGCAGAACCGCCAAGUUUGACAAGGUGAGGACCAUCACUACCAGGUCCAACUCCAUCAAACAGGGCAAGGACCAGCACUUCCCCGUCUUCAUGAAUGAGAAGGAGGACAUACUGUGGUGCACUGAGAUGGAGAGGAUUUUCGGCUUCCCGGUUCACUACACGGACGUGUCCAACAUGAGCCGACUGGCCCGGCAGCGUCUGCUGGGCCGAUCAUGGAGCGUUCCUGUCAUCCGCCACCUGUUUGCACCACUCAAAGAUUACUUUGCCUGCGCAUGAGGGGCUCCCUAAUGACCGCCAUUUUUGCGGCGUCAGAGCCAUGAGCCCCCAGAGUUGUAAGCUCGGGAAACGCUUCGGUGCAAACGUCACGAAGUUCUAGUCGUUAUUACUAUUUAAUUUUUUUAGCAGUGUUAUCAUCACCUUGAUAUGUUUUUGUGCGAGCUAUACUUGAGACUAUGCUUUCGGGGAACAGCUACUUUUGGGGGGGAGCAUACUGUACGUUUUUUUGCCGUGCUUCCGGCGUAAAGGAAUCUCUGCAAACCCCCCCCAACCCCCAAAACGCAUAUACCUCUUUGUUUACAGCUUCUGAAGGUAAUAACAUAAAAAAGGUACCACUACUGUAAUAUGGCUACAAUGCCACGGUGCUCCGCAGUGGUGUAAAACAUUGUCAAAACGAAACAAGCGUUUAAGACGCUUUUUAUCUGCUUUUCUACAAGUUCUUACUGGUGCUCAUUUCUUGCUUCACAACCCGCCUUCUCGUAGUGCACAAACCAAGCUAAAUGACAAUGUUUCCCACCACUGGAAAAACAAAAACGUCGCGUUCCAUACAGACUGACGAUUUACUGUACAUGUGAGGUGCAAAAAACAAAAAAACCUCGACAACAUGGUGCGGCUUCAUAAAUAGUCUUUCUUCUGCCUUUUUAUAUCAAUUUUCCGUGUGCUGUUGUAUCAACAUUAUAAAAGCACUUUUAUACUGUAUGUUUAUUUCCUUUUUGUAUUUGAUUUUUUAAAAUCAAGAGUGAUGUGUUUUGUUUUACUACGAUGUGAACUCCGCUGGCGCAGUGGAUUUUUUUUUGUAUACAUUAGGGCUGUGCCAGUAGUGGGGGAAAAAAAUGAAUUUUGGAAGGGAACAUAUAAAAGCUUUUAUUGUAGGACGCAUUGUAUAGUCGAGCUUCUGCCUCUGUUGUAAAGCGACGAUAAAUAGAUGUCGAGUGAAAUCCCGCCCAGAUUUUGGAAAGAUUGUAACGCGCAUUAGUUAUCUUUUCCAAACACAUCCCUUUCCCAAUUAGCUUUUAAGUAGACUUAAGCUUCCAUGAGUAAUUUAUUUUGGGUAUUUUUAACUCAUUUGAUGAAGUUAAUAUUGAUAACCUCAAGUUAACUUCAUCAAAUGAAGUCAAGUUUACUUAAAAUUUUGACCUGAAGGUGAUCAUUUUUCACAGUGUGCCACCAAAAUGCCCCCUUCCCCAUAAUCAACAUGGUUCUAAUUUCCACUUUUUUAUCAAUUAACAAAUUUUUAUCAGCUUUUUUUGUGAGAAAUAAAAAAAUCACCUUUGCGCGAGAAAACUAAUGUGUAAAUAUUAUAUCGGACGCAGCCACUAGACACGCAUCUGUUUUAGAAUCAUGUUGGUUGCGACUUAUUCAUUGGCUAACAUCGAUGACGAGUCACUGGCAGCCAAUGAGUUAACAUGGACAAAAUGUGGACAAGAUGUAAAUGUGUAAUUAUAUCGGACACACCUACAGUUCCUGACAAAAGUCUUGUCGCUUAUCCAUUUUGUAAAAACAAUUGCUAAUAACCUUUUUCAUUAUUCAAUUGGUUUCAGAAAUGGCUCAUAUGAAUGCUAAGAC